CAGAGGAAAUGCGUCUAACCCAUUCGCUUCUGAGCAUCAUCAGUUUUCCGCAGCCGGUGUAUCAUUUCUCAGCGCCGCCUCCAAGCAGAUACCACGAGCAUUGCAGCUUUCGCCUUAGAUCCGCCAUCCAAAACCUGCACCGAAGAUCGCUACAUGUUGUCUACACUACUGUGGUUUGCGUUGGCUUUUGCAGUCCUCGUGACGCAGGGCUACAAGAUCGUGGCGCGCUUCCUGCGGUUGCUGCUACACACGUACUUCCGCAAAAUCGUAGUCUAUGGACUCAACAACUUCCCGCGCGAGGGGCCUGUGAUCCUGUGCCCGAACCACCCCAAUAUGCUUGUGGACGCCAUCCUCGUUAUGACUGAAGCCGCUAGCCACGGCCGAAACCCGUACGUCUGGGCAAAGGGCUCGCUCUUCAGCAACCCUGUCGCUGCCUUCUUCCUCAAAAAGUUCGGCGCCGUGCCGGUCUAUCGCCCGCGACGCAAAGAGGCAAGUCUUGCCGAUGUGGACUCAGAUAAGACCCCAGAGGAGCUGGAGGCGGCCAACCGCAAGAUGUUUGAACAUACGUGGCGUGUACUUGCUGGGGGUAACGUCAUGGUGCUGUUCCCUGAAGGAACGUCGUACACGGCGCCAAAGAUGCUGUCACUGCGCACGGGUGUUGUGCGUGUCGCGACAGGUUUCGCUAAGCACUAUGAUCAACCCAUCCCGAUCAUCCCUCUGGGUCUCAACUAUUUCAAUAAGGAUCACUUCAGAAGCCAGAUGACGCUGGAAUUCGGCUCGCCCAUGGUCAUCACACCCGAAAUGGUGCAAACCGAAGCUUUUCAGCAGGACGAACACGGUGAGGUGAAGCGGUUGACCCUUCAGCUAGAGGAACGCAUGCACGAUGUGACCUUGAACGCGUCUGAUUUCAGCACAAUCCACGUGGCGCGAAUGAUGCGACGCCUCUAUCUCAACACCCCUGGAUCCAUUGACACCAACAAAGAAGUUCGCUUGACACAAUACAUCAUCAAUAUGCUGGAAAAGGAACCCCAAGAUGAUGAGCAAAAGGAGCGAAUUGCAACGAUCCGUGAAAAAGUUUUGCGAUACAAAGAGCAACUGGAAAAGCUGCGGCUGAAAGACCGAGAGGUGAAUUUGCCAAUGCCGAAGGAGCAGUCACUUUUGCAAUUAUUCUUGGAGCGAAUUCUGUACCUACUUGUGCUGCUACCACUGGCAACACCCGGGCUUUUGCUGAAUCUUCCGUACUAUUUUAUUGGUAAGUCGAGGACUCUAAGCUGUGCAGCUUGUUUUUAAGAAAAAAAUUAACCGAUAUCUCUCUUCUGCUGCACAGGAACGAAGAUGAACAGCCUCGCAGGAUUCGUGGAAUCAAAGUCUAUGUUUAAGAUUUUCGCUGCUGCUGUUUUGGUCCCCGUGCACUGGCUCGUGCUGAUCCUCGCAACCUGGUACUUCCUUGGAUCCUCGUACGCGUAUGUACUGGCUGUUGGAUUACCACUGCUGCUCUACUCGCACAUCCGCGUCCUGGAAGAAAGUCGCUCCAUUGUCGAAAACGUUUAUUUCCUCUUCAACAUCACAGCCCACGCCGAUAAAGUUGCGGUACUUCGAAAGGAACGGGAGCUGCUAGCGCAAGAAGUCCACGAGCUCGUGACCACGUACGUAGAUGCCAAGUUCCUCUCGGCCGUGCACAAGUCUUUAGCGAGCUCGCCGGUGAACAGACGAUUGCGCCACCGCGCCUCCUCCACCAGCGACACCCUACUUACGAGGUGAUAUCACCUAGCGGUAAUGCCUCGCGUGCGCUUUUGUUGAGCAAGUAGACUAGAAACGUUUAAACAAAUGCACGAGCUUGCUGCGUGAUCGUCACGACACCAUCGACGAACAUUGUGAUUCCCCACUUCGGAGAUAGUGCACUACUACAUGUAGUAGUAGUAUUUGUUGAUGUUAUGAUUGAGACCAGUGUCCUUUCAAGUGA